AUAAUUAGAUUACGUACUAAUUGUCACAUGACAAUAUCUAGCCACGUGACUAUCACAAUAUGUCUACUAAUGCAAAGAAACAGUUGCUUCUGUUGUGCCUUUUGCGGCGAUAUCGCAGCAACAGGGCAAAGAACCGUCGACGUGUGUGGGUACGUGAGAUCUUCUCCAGAAGACAACAGCAAGGAGAGUUCCACCAAUUGCUACAAGAAAUGCGUCUGUACGAUUCCCAGAGUCACUUUCGAUAUCUCAGAAUGUCGAAAGGAACAUUUGAUUUCUUACUAGCAAAAGUGGAGCCUCUUCUACGUCGACGUAGCUAUGGAAGUGCCAUCCGUGUACAGAUUUCACCUGCUGAGCGCCUCGCUUUGACACUACGCUUUUUGGCAACUGGGGAUUCUCAGACGUCAUUAUCGUUUGGCUUCCGUGUUGGGCGUUCAACCGUGUGCGGUAUUGUGCGAGAGACUUGCUAUGCUUUGUGGGAGGUACUUGCCCCGAAAUACGUAAAGGCUCCUGACAAUGAGCAAGACUGGAGGCAAGUGAGUCAGGAAUUUCGGAAAAUUUGGAAUUUUCCAAAUUGUGUGGGUGCUUUGGAUGGAAAGCAUGUAGUUAUACAAGCUCCUCCUAACUCUGGCUCGUCUUUUUACAAUUAUAAGGGGUGUCAUUCAAUAGUUCUUAUGGCUGUCUGCGAUGCACAGUAUCGUUUUCUUCUUGUGGACAUAGGCGAUGCUGGACGACACAGUGAUGGUGGAGUCUUUUCGAAUUCAGCCUUUGGGCAAGCACUUGAUUCGGGCACCCUGAAUUUACCACCACCCCAAUCAAUCCCCCAAAGCAAUGUCGUUGCUCCGUUUGUCUUUGUUGCAGAUGAAGCGUUUCCACUGAAGGUGAACAUGAUGAGGCCGUAUCCAGGCAAGGGUCUUGAUGUGUCAAAGGUUGUGUACAACUAUCGUCUUAGCAGAGCCAGAAGAGUUAUUGAGAAUACGUUUGGGAUAUUGGCAGCAAGGUGGCGCAUCUUUCGACGACCAAUAUUGGCCACUCCUCAGCAUGUCACGACUUUCACAAAGGCUGCAGUUGCUCUUCAUAACUUUCUAAGAACGUACGAGUCGUCUACAUACUGCCCUCCAGGAUUUACAGAUAGUGAGGAUGGAUCGGGUCAGAUUGUGCAAGGGAAUUGGAGACAAGAUGUUCCUGAUGGUGAUGGAUUGAGAGCAAUUGGCCAAGUCGCAGGAAACCGAUCGAGUAGUUCUGCAGCAGCAAUAAGGGAAUGUUACCGAGAGUACUUCAGCUCUUCAGAGGGUGAGUUGCCUUGGCAAUACAACCAUGUCAAUCGCACAUCUUGA